CCCAGUGAGGAGUACAUGGUCACUGUCACGGCUAGAAACAUAAACGGCAGCUCAUCACCAUCGACCAUCAUCAUCCCCCGCUGCAAUCUAGAUACAUCCGAGGUGAAGACCUCCUGGAUCAGUGGCAGCAAUGGUAGCUUCUUCCUGUCCUGGCCUGAUAGUCCUAACGCCAGCUGUGGCUACAUAGUGGACUGGUGUCCAGUCUUCGGUAAUUGCACCUUCGAGUGGAUGAAAGUGUCUCCCAACAGAACUCAUACCACAGUUUUUUCAAAGAACUUUGAAGAUGGUCGGAGAUACCUGCUGUCCAUAUACGCCUGCACUGAGGGAGCUGCGGUGCUACUACAGAGAAGAGAGGGCUACAUCAGAGAGACCAAAAUAGGAAUCGAGCUGUUUAAACUCAAAUACAAACAGGAAGACUCGGCUGUUGAGGUAUCCUGGGAGCCCAUACCUCUGGAAAAGCAGACUGCUUCCAUCCAGGGAUAUAUUCUCUACUACCAGGACAAGAGCGGGAAUGUUUUCAACGUGAGCACAGAUGAUCCUGAAGCCACCAGCCUCACUGCAAAGAACCUGAACAUCAGUAUGUACACCUUCACGGUGACAGCAUCAACAGCAUUUGGACUUUGUGGUAAUUCAUCCAUCAAUGUCACCUUGAAUCCCCCGGCUGAUCAACUGAUAAUGCUGAUCUUGAUAUCCCUGGGAGCAGUUUUCCUUAUUCUGUCUGUCAGCACAAUUAUCUGCUCCAGACAAUGGGCAUGCAUCAAACACAAAGUCUAUCCUCCAAUCCCAAAGCCAGUGCUGACCGACCAGUGGCUGACAUUACCAGAUGAACAUACGAGUCAUCAUCUUCAUUUUGAUCAGAGUUACUACAGAGAGGUCUUGGAUAUUCCUAAGCUACAUGAUCAAUUCAGACCACCACAGCCUGUUGUUGACCAGGACUACAAGCCUUUUACCUUCUCUCAGACUCCCAAAGGUUACUACAAUAAGCCUCUGAAGAAAUCCCAGCCAUGUCUCACUUUACCCACUACAGGCCUCACAUCUCAGCCAGGCUUGCCAUCUUCUCCAAUCAAUGGCGUUUUUCCUAAUCUGUCGUACAACCCAUCAUACAACCUGGUAUUGCAAAGUGUGGACCAUGAAGUCAAAUCAGGGCCCGAGGUCCAUGAGGGAAUACCUUUAAUCAGAAGCUUUAGUGGAUACCAGUCUCAGAGUCCUGAUGAGACCUUUACCACAACUGAGUUAGAGGAGUACCCAAACAGUCCCAUAUCCUGUGUGUCCACAUACAUUUUGCUACCACAGAAGACAUCCAACUAGCUGCUGCAUAUGUGAACACAUUUAAGCCUAAUUCAGGCACUUUAUGCAUCGUUAACUACGGCAUAGUUGGUUAGCUUCAUCCACCUGGUCAUCAGCAACUCAGCUAAAGUUAGGUGUGAGUUUAGUUUCAUUCACACAAACAGGACAUUUUCAGAAAAUAGAAGAUGUUUCCUUUCAAAUGAGAUCCUAGGAGUACAUUUUGGCAUUAAAGCUUUUCUGUUUAGAUGCUCACACACUCACACCUGAAUUAUAAUCCUAGUUGUUUGUUGUUAGCCAAUUAUGUUAGUGGACCAGAGCAUUAGUGGUUUUCAAAGAUUUUGUGCCCUGCAAAUUUAUUUUGUUUGUCACCACAUCAGUGACACAUACAGUAUGAAUGGCGGGUUUGAAAAACACUGCUCUAAGAUGCUGCUGUUGAACCUUUGGGGUCUGUUCGUUUCGGACACUACUGUACAGUCAUUCCUGUGGCUGGUUCACAUCAAGCUCUCUUUAAGACAUGAAAAGGACAGGUUUCUCUUGUUGGUGUCCAAGUGGCACCAAAUGGGCAUUAUUUGAAUUUACUCUGGAAACACUGCUCUCAUGACGGGACAUUGUAUCCCUCAAGGUACUUAAUUUUUAAGGGCUCUGUCCCACAAUACUAGGGACAUAUCAGAGAGUACAACCACUGGUCGCUGUGGAAAAAUGUGUGCUCCCUGACUGUCAGUUGACAAGAAAUUGGUCACAAACGGGUAUACAGCGCUGCACUGAUAACUGCUUUGGUUACUAGCAGGUUGCCAGAAGUUUGAACUUGUCUAGAAAUAACUUGUUAACGGCUCUCUGAACUGUAAUGAAACUGUGAAAAAAGUGUGCCACAAACUGGAAAUGGAGAUUCUUCACCUUCUAAGUAAAGGCUUUGUCUUACUAAUGUUAUCAUCACAUUUAACGUUUUACUUUAUAAGGGAACAUUUUCUGUUUCUGUUGCACUUACUCAGAGAGUAAAUGGUGAGUGUUUGCAGCCAGCUCAGCAUCUUCCAUGCAAAUUAUGAGAGACUGCAAAAACCUGCACUUGAUUUAGGUUCAGUGACCUUUGUCAGUGAAUACAUAGUUUAUCCUAGAUGUUCCUAGGGCAUUGCUAACCGAUCUCUAAGAAAUUCUAAAAGUUUCUUUAAAUGUAUCUAGACGUUCCACUGAGUCAGACAUUUGAGAGAAGCCCCUCUAAAGCUUGAAUUAUUUUUCUGUGUUGAAUCUCUCCAAACCUGACUGCAAAGUCUGUACAAGUUACAGCUGUUUGCAUUUUUACUUUAAUGACGUGUCUGAAUCUCUGUGCCAUCACCACAGAAACUCAACUCAUCAUAUUGAAGCAAAUAAAUAAUGAACAAUGAAGAGAGGACUUCAGUACCAACCGAUUGAUUAUGUGUGUCCUACCUUAUUAAAAAAUGUGAAUAUUUCAUGUAGCUGCUGAGAGGUCUUUGCUGUUGAUCUCUGUCUGUAAGAACCAAGAAAUCACCUUUGAAUCAAUGCUGUAAACCAAUAAAACAAGAAGCUUCAAACAAGAAGUGUUUUUUUAAUGCUUUGAUUGUGUCUGGUUUCCUUCAAAGUCUGUUCAUAUGGAGAGAAACAGUACAGCACCAGGAAGGCUGUGUGACCUGCUGUGUUGAUGAUUGCAUUGUUACAUCCCUCUGCAGCCGCUAAUCUCCUCAAUGUGUUCAGCUGGUGCUAAUUGGCCACACCUAGUCAGGUGUGGAUAAAAGCAUACCUGAGGCAAGCUUCCAGGGAGCUCGCUUGUCUUUGCCUUGGUGGCACCAGCCAUUUUAGCCAACCUGGUAUUCCAUUUUAAGAAAAAAAAAAAACCUCUUCUGACAAACACUAUGGUAUUUGUCUCCUUUUUUAUGUUGCGGCUUUUGAGCUGGGUCGUAACAUGCAUGUGUAUCAAACACUAUAUAAGGAUAUAAUUAAGCAUAUUUCUGAGGUACCUCUACUCUUAGUGCAUGUCCUGAUUCUUUCCACUUUUAUUUUCACUUAUUUUAUCACCAAUAGCUAAAGGCACAAAUUGCUUUAAUUACAGCAGAGUAGUUAAGGCACCCAACGCUUGUUAGCUGUUGUCAGGGGGUAUAUAAAAAGGCUAACAAAGAAAAACAAUCUCUAUAAAAUUAGUUGCCCUUCAUGUGCCUUCUGGAAAUGUUGGAAUGUGUCAUUUACCGGUACCGUAUACAAUUACAUUUACCACUUAUUGGGUGAUGUACCACAUGUCAUGGUCCCUGUGUCUGCCCGGCCGGCCCCAUGACGAUACAUUUGUUAUGGUUGUUUUAUUUUAGCCCAUUCAGUUGAGGCCACUAAAGGGAAACUGU